ACAAAAAACACGAAGAAUAAUUUUCAAAUUCUAAUUGAAUCUGAAUCUCUGAAUUGAAUUAUGUUGUUGUGAAUUUGAAAAUUCUAUAUUCGAUUUUUUUUUUCAUAGUGUUUGGCCAUGGUUGUUCGUCAUAUUUGAAUGAAUUUUUUUUUUUAAUCUCAUUCGAAUCUUUACACGAAACGGUGUAAGUGUGUAUUAUAUUCUCAUCAUCAUUCUAUAUCAUCAUCAUCGAAUUUUAUUUGUUCAAGCAAAAAAAAACCAUGGCUAAUGUAACGAAUAAGAUAAAUUUUCUUGAAUCAGAAAAUAAAUUACUAAUGGAUCAACAACAAAAUUAUAAAGAAUUAUGUAAAAUUCUAACACAAAGACAUGUGGAAAUAUUGAAAUAUUUAAAUCAUUUAAGGAAUAUGGUUGAGAAAAUGAUAUCAGUAUCGAAAGAAAAUGUACUAUAUGCAAAUUAUUAUACCGAAAAAUCAUCAUAUGAAACAAAUAUACUGAAAUAUGAUAAACAAAUUCAAUUUCUCACCGAAUCCAUUCAAUCAUCACAUACAAGAAUAUCAGAUAACGAAGGAAAUUUAUUCAAAGAACAUUUAAAAUUAUUAUCAACUUCAUUGGUUGAUUCAUCAUCGCCAAAAAAUACUGCACAAACAUUUCAACAAUUGGAAUCAUCGAACAUACAGAAUCAGCAGCAACAGCAGCAACAACAAUUGCAACCACAGCAGCAUACUGUUGUUGUUUAUCAUAGUGGUGAUUUUACAAAUGCACAGGAAAUUAUUAGUCAAGAAUAUUUUAAAAAAGAUUUAUCAACUGAAAUUAAAAUGAAUGAUGAUAGUGUCGGUGGUGGUGGUGGUGGUGGUGGUAGUAUAUUUGUUCCAAAAAUGGUAUUAGAAGAUUUAGAACAAUAUAAUCAUCAGAAUAACAAUAAUUCAACAUAUCCAAUUAUGGCCAAUAAUAAUACAGUGGCAAUAAUAACAACAACAACAGCAGCAGCAGCAGCAGCAACAACAACAACAACAAAUAAUAUCGCUGCCAAUAGUAAAAAAUUAGAAAUUUGUGAAUAUUGUGGUAAAUAUUUCAAUAAACAUUAUUUAGCAUCACAUAAACGUAGCCAUACUGGUGAUCGGCCAUAUAUUUGUUCAAUAAAUGGUUGUAAUAGGAAAUUUACACAAACAAGUUCUCGAAAUGUUCAUGAAAAACGUGUACAUAAUAAUAAUAAUAAUAAUGUCCAUCAGCAGCAACAAUUACAACAACAACAACAACAACAACAUGGAAAAUUAGAAUUCCGUUGUACAUAUUGUGAUGCUGGAUUUGAUAAUUUAACCGAUAUGCAAAAACAUGCUCAACAACAUCAAGCUUUAAUAAACAACAAUGUGGUUACACAACAACAACAACAACAACAACAAUUUGAUCAAAUUCCGGUGAUAACUGUGCCUAAUAUAAAAAUCAAUUCUAAUAAUAAUAAUAAUAAUAAUAAUGGCAUAAGUCAAACUGUCAAACGAACACGAAAAUCCGGUCUUAUUGUAACAACGAAUGGUCAGAAUAAUAAUGGAACAAAAAAAACAUCAACAACAUUACAAUCGAUUAAUCCAAAUGGUUAUAGACAUGUUUGUCAACAUUGUGGUAAAGCAUUUGCAUAUAAAGUGGCCAUGAAACAACAUAUGGCAUUACAUGGUCCGAAAAAUUUUCGUUGUACAUAUAAUGAUUGUAAUUAUGCAUCAUAUUGGAAACAUAAUCUAGCUUUGCAUAUAAGAAAACAUCAUCAACCAACAUCAACAUCAACAUCCACAUCAUCAUCAUCAUCAUCAUCAUUGGGAUUGACAACAACCACGACGACGACGGCGACACCAGUAACAACAUUAUCGACGACCAUAACAUCAUCAUCAUCAUCAUCAUCAAUGGCUACCAAUUUGGCUAAUUGAAUAAUUUUUUUUUCUAGUGGCAACUACAUUACUUUUUUGAUUCUCGUCUUUUUUUUGUUGUUGUUGUUGACAUUUUUUUUUAUUUAUAUCUUUCCAAUUUUUUUCAAUAUACAAAUACUUUUACUAAUCUGGCAAGCGAAAUCUACUAUCACAUGACUAUUUUUUAUUUCCAUUCAUUCAUUCAUUUCAUUUCAUUCAUGAUUUGAUCAUAACUAUCUCUCUCUCGCACACACACACACACACUCGAUGAUCACAUGAUUUUUUUUCGACAAUCUGCUUUGCUGAGAUUUACGUUUUUGUUACAUGUGAUGAUGGUUUGGUUGGUGGGUAUUUUUCUUUUUUUGCUUGAGAAAUUUUUGGUUAUUUGAAAAUUUGUGACCAGAUCUCAUCGGUUUUU